CCCGGGCGGGGCGCCCCGCGUCGCGAGCGAGCGCACCUCCCUUGGCGGAGUCCCGCGGACGCCCCGUCCCGGCUGCGCGGCGAGAACGACCGAGCGACCGAGCGGCAUUGGAGCCACCAGACGUCCGGCUUUCGUAUCCAGCCACCUCUUCCUCCCUUCUCGAUCCUGUGCAGAGAUGCCCGAGGGACUUCUUUUGUGAGCAGUUUCUCAUCUCUCAACGCCGUUUGACGAGAGAAGCUCCCCCCCCCCCCAGUUUCAAGGAGCGAGCUGUCCCCCUUUUUGGGUGGGAUGCCGAGGAGCGUGAUGUCGGAUUACUCGGGAAUGGUCUGCGAGAUCCCUCCCCAGUGUCAGUUCGGUAGCUUUGGAAAAAAGCAUCGCCCGGAGAACGGAAAGAAUCGCCCAAGGAGAAGAUGUUCGACACUGGAUGAUGAUGAGGCCCUGAAAUACCUCACUCACGAGGAAAAAGACGUCCUCCUCUUCUUUGAAGAAACCAUUGAUGCCUUGGAAGAUGACCUGGAGGAACAAGCUCUGCAUGACAGCGGCAUCCACUGCCACUCUCCGAGGUCAAUGGAAGAGAACAUGUCCAGCCAGUCGGAGUCUGAAGACAUCAUAGAUCUGGUCCAAUCAGUGCUGGAAAGCAGCAUUCAGGAGUGUGAUCCUAGCAGAAACACGGAACAAGCCCCAGAAGAGGCUGGGAGACUGGAUGCACUGAAGCCAAAAUAUAAGUUUGAGGACACCUGCGCUGAGGCUGCCAUCCCUCUCCCUGUGUUGCCAUCGGCUCCUCCGCUGCCAAUCUACGAGGUGUUUCCUGCCGCGCCCGCAGUUCAGCACCCAAAACUGGUUCGCUGUAUCCCAACCCCACUCGUCAUCGCUCAGAAGAUAUCUGAGAAGCAGGCAGAGAGCACCCCCUUCUCUCCCGCCUCUCCAAAGGAAGGGAGGCCUAUGGAGAGGAGGAGCACGCCCUCAUCUUCCCCGCUGCGCAACAGAGAGUGUUUCUCUGCCUUCAAGCAAACUCUGCCGCCCCCAACUGCCCCCAAGCCCCAAAGGUUCCCGAGCAACAUCAGCAUCACCAACGUGGGCGAGAGGGAGUUCAGCAAAACUAUCUCCAGGGCCGCCGUCAACGUGCAAGAGCGCAAAGCCAGGGUGUUGGCCAACGUCAACGGCUUGCCCUACUUCAUAAGCGAGCUGGAAGAGAGACUUCAGAAGCACGACCUGUCGGGCCACAGCAGAAGCUCGUCCUUGCGGGAUUUGCCGUCGGAGCAAGCGAGACACGAGGCCCUGAGUAGACUUAGCUUGGUGGACGGAAAUCUUGGACCAGCCCGGCUGGACCAGUCAGAUCUUCCCGCGCCGACAGACAAAAGGCCAGAGCAGCCCGUGUCAAACGGCUACCGAAACAUACACGACAUCUUGAGAAGGGAAACCAGCCACUUCCCGAGCGUGAGCAAAACGGUGACAGUCAAACCGGACGCUGAUCUCGCCGAUGGCAAGCCCGCUCGGCAAAACGCCGCCAAGAGCUUUUGCAACCACCGGCUGCCGGACCUCAGCCUGGAAAUGAGGAGGAGGUCCGGGUCCCUGCCCAGACCGUCCGGAUUGAGGCCGCAGGGCAUAACUGUACAGUUCUCUGGACGCGGGUCUACGGAAGAGGCUAGGAGAGAGGCGCUGCGGAAACUUGGGCUUCUCAAAGACUAGUUGAAGGACGGUUUCUGCCAUGGUGGGGGCAUCGCGCCCCCAGUGGACUCGGUUUCUUAAGAGAUCAAAUGGAUUGUUCUCUUGCCCCUGCAGUCUAAGGAAAGAUUAAAUAUAUCAGAACGGGACUUGUGCUUGUUAUAGGUUUCCUUAACAAUGCCCAGUCAUAUGGCUUACUGCGGUCUUCUGCGGGAUUUUAAAAAGGUAUUUUAUUAACAGGAGACCUAGAUGCAAAAACGGGGCGUCGUACUAAAUGAAGUUUUAAUGGUGCAGUAUUUGUGUGUAUGUAUGUGAGUAGCUGUCAAGUAUGUCAUGAGUGCAAUGGGUUUUCUUUGGACUCCUACGUUAAUGAAGCCAAAAAAUAGGGGGCGGGGGAAUAUAUCUGUUGAAUUACUAUAUAGGGAUGGCUCUAUAUUUAUAAUGUAAUGUACUGGAGAGGUCAAAUAUACAAUAAAGCUGCUAUUUCUGAUUGUCACAUUUCUCUCUGUCACUCACACUCACUUUCUCUCUCUCUCUCUCGCAUGUAAUUUGUCUGUAGACUAAUUGUCAGGAGUUUAAAUCAUGCAUAAUAAUCCCUAAAGAAUUUUUGGCAGAAAUUCACUCCUUUUUCAUUUUGAUUUGUCUGGGACAGGGUUUCCUAAACUUGGGUCUCUGGCUGUUUUUGGACUUCAACUCCCAUCAUCCCUAGCUCGCAAGACCAGUGGUCAGGGAUGAUGUGAAUUGUAGUCCAAAAACAGCUGGAGACCCAAGUUUGGGAAACACUGGUCUGGGGGAACCAAUUUCAUGUCAUUCUGGAGACAAUACUGUACAGUAUAGGUGAUUUGCAACAGACUGACAAAGAUUCCCAGUGCCCAAACAGCAGCAGCAAAACAUCUUCUCGUCCGCUCAACUAUUCUUCCCUAAAUUAUAUUGCUGAAAUGAAUAAAACCCUGAGUAAGCUGGGAAGGUUGGCAAGGAAUUUUGCAUUGCCAGUAAAUGCAAGUUUUUGUUAAAUGGGAUUUUGCAUGAAGCUGAGUUCUGGAACUCGGAAGGAAUUCCUGGGCUCGGAAGAGUUUUGCACCAGGCUCUGGUUGGUGGAUAAUGGAGGUUCUAGUAAGAUCCUGUAGGCUGGGGCAGAGUGGUGGGGCAACCUGGUCAGAUGGGUGGAAGAUAAUAAAUUAUUAUUAGAGAAGUUGGAAGCCUGGCCAGUUUUCCUCUAGAAACAACGCAGUGUUUCUGGCAGACCAGCAUUGCUUCUGCUGCAGAGGAUAUAUUGAGGAUGAAGAGAGAGAGAGAGUUUAUAAGGGACUCCAAUGCAGCCCAGCUGCUUCAUAUCCUGCUUGGGCAAAGGGGGCAAGAUUGCAUUUCAGCCUAUGCCAAUAAUAAUAAAAAUAAUAAUAAUAAUUAUUAUUAUUAUACCCCAUCCAUCUGGUUCCCUAACAGGGCUGCCUUCAGGUGUCUUCUAAAAGUCAGAUAGUUGUUUAUUUCCUUGACAUCUGAUGGGAGGGUGUUCCACAGGGUGGGUGCCACCACCGAGAAGGCUCUCUGCUUGGUUCCCUGUAACUUCACUUCUCACAGUGAGGGAACUGCCAGAAGGCCCUUGGAGCUUUGAAAUAUUUGACUUUCGGAGGAUGUCUCCUCACCUUAGUAUGGAAAAUUGGCAUUGUAAGUAGGAUAUCACCUUGCAGCUGAAGAAGUGUAUGCUUCCUGAAAACUGGAUGGCGUAGCUAGCACUUUUGGGUGCUUUUAGUUAAAAAAAAAAUACCUUCCCUGCAGGUGAUAAUGGUGUAAACUGAAACAUUGUUGACCCACCUAUUUUGUUUGCUAAUUGAUGCUAAUUCAGAAUGGGCCAGUAUCAGAGCUACUGCCGUGUCAGAACAACAAUUGCAGCUCUAGGUUUGCGGCACCGUGCAGCCACACCCUGCUUCUGUUGCGGGGGACAGCAUCUUAGCCUUGUCCCCUGAUAGUCCCCUUUGUGAAUUUGACCAGAGUGCUUGCUGGAAGCAGACUGUCGCUUGGCAUGAUUAAAUUUGCCUGGAUCAGCAGGAACCGCAGGAACAGAUUAACGUCAAACUGCGGGGGAGCCUUAUGGUACGUUAUUGCACUUAAAAGCAUUAAAAGUGCAGAAUGCCCUUGCUUUAAAAACCAACUGCUCUACAGAACACCUGUGGCUUGAGAAUAUUAGGCAGGUUUUUGUAUGACACCUGGGGAGCACGAAAAUAACCUGUGUGUGGUUUGACGUAUGAAACGGGCCUAUGCCAGCCGUUCUAGCAUCUCGCCAGGUUCUCUGGCUUAGCAAAGCCUGCUACCCUUGUGAGAAGGGCAGCUCGAUGAUAGAGCAUCUGCCUCGCAGGUUCGAUCCUUGGCAUCUCCAGGUAGGGCUGGGAAGACUUCCUGCCCGAAACCCUGGAGAGCUGCUGCCAGUCAGUGCAGACAAUACCAAUGGUUUGAUUCCAGUACCUGUAUAAGGGAGGCUUCCUAUGAGAGGUGUACUACAACUGCCACCAUACCUGCCAAGUUGCUGUCAGAGAAAUAAGGGACCGGGCCGGAAAUAGCAGACCGGAAGUAGCGCUGCCUCCAUUUUGG